AUGUCUUACACACCUAACAACAUAGGCUUCUACGACGGUCAGCUGGGCUACGACGACGGUCAGCUAGGCUACUACGACGAUCAGAUAGGCUUAUACGACGGUCAGCUAGGCUACGACAACGGUCAGCUAGGCUACAGCGACGAUCAGAUAGGCUACAACGACGGUCAGCCAGGCUACAACGAUGGUCAGCCAGGCUACAACGACGGUCAGCCAGGCUACUACGACGAUCAGAUAGGCUACAUCGACGAUCAGCUAGGCUUCAUCGACGGUCAGCCAGGCUACUACGGCGCUACCAUUUCGGAAGGUGCUCUCCAGGACAAUGCCAUGGCCAACAACACCCAGCAACCACCUUUGAUGCUACCCGGAGACCAAAUCACCUAUUACGAGCCAGACUGCGACGGCGCUACCAGCUCGGAAGGUACCCUCCUGAAUAAUCCAACUAACAACACCCAGCAACCAAGUUGGAUACUACCCAGAGACCAACCUCCCCUGGCACCUCAAGAACCCGAAAACCUCUUCCUAAAUACAUAUCUCAGCGAAUACGCAGAAGAGCGGCGGCGGCUACGCUACCCGUGCCGCUCUUGUCCUCAGAAGUUCGAGACCCCGGACCUCCGCGAGAUCCACGUCAGAACCCAUAUCGAGAAUCGCGUCGGCCAGCAGGAUUUCCCGUGCCACCACUGCGGCGAGGUCUUCAAGCAAAGGCAGAGCCACCGCACGCAUGUCCGGGAUCGGGUAUGCCAGGGGCCCGAAGAGCGGAAACCAGUACAGGCGACGUGCGAGCACUGCGGCGAGUCCUUCGCGUCAAAGGAGAACUACAAUCAGCAUAUCCGGGACCGCGUCUGCCGGGAGGCCGACGAGUGGAAAGCUACCGAGUUGUCGUGCGAGUAUUGCAAAACCGUCUUCGCGUCGAAGGGCACCCUCUCCAGCCAUAUCCGGAAGCGCAUCUGCCGGCGGGCGUUCGUCUGCGAGCACUGCAACGAGCAGUUCACGGGAGAGCAGAGCCGCGAUGAGCAUGUCGCGGAUGGCAUCUGCCAGCCCUAG